AUGAAUGAGCUUGAGGACCUCUCCGAGUUGGAGUCUGAGGAUGAUGAGCUCGAUGGCCUCGCCGAUCCUCGCAUCACCGAGAUUGACUCCGAAGAGGAGGCCCCCAAGCUGGUUAAGGCCGACAAGAAGGGCAAGAACAAGCGCCCAGCGGAGGACGAGCCCAUGACCCUUGAUGAGCUCAUCACCAAGACUAAGGCUGAGACUCCUGCCGCAAAUGGCGAGAAGCCCAGCAAGAAGCAGGCCAAGAAGCUCAAGAACAACGAGGGCCAGGCCGUCGCUGCCGCUGAGCCCGCUAAGGAGGCUAAAAAGGUGGAUACCCCCAGCAGUGACAAGAAGAAGGUUCAAUUCGCUAAGAACCUCGAGCAGGGUCCUACGGGCUCACCCAAGGUGGCUGAGGCGAAGAAGGAGACGGCCAAGGGCCCCCGCAAUGUCGGCGGUGUCACCGUCGAGGACAAGAAGGAGGGUAAGGGCAAGCCUGCCAAGAAGGGCGACAAAAUCGAGAUGCGCUACAUUGGCAAGCUGAAGAAUGGAAAGCAGUUCGAUGGUAAGUACAGAGACCAUCCUGACUGUGUUGUAUAG